GAAGGGCACAGAGAUCGGGUCUGGUCUGUCUGCUUCUCGCCAGAUGGAACGCGCGUUGUAUCCGGCUCCGGUGACGCAACACUCCGGAUCUGGGAUGUCGAAAGCGGGCAGACGAUUUCCGGUCCUUUCACAGGACACGAACGGUGGGUAAACUCUGUUGCUUUCACGCCUGGUGGGAGACGCGUUGUCUCUGGCUCCAACGACAAAUCAAUCAUAAUCUGGGACGUUGAAAGUGGGGAAGUAGUUUCUGAACCCUUGGAAGGACACACACAUUCGGUUAUGUCAGUGGCAUUCUCGCCCGACGGUACACGUCUUGUCUCCGGGUCUGAUGACAAAACCAUUUUGAUCUGGGACGUCGAGAGCGGAAAGGUCGUGGCUAGGCCUUUCGAGGGUCAUACAGAACAUAUCACGUCGGUUGCAUUCUCUCCCGACGGAGCAUGUUGUGUCUCGGGUUCUUGGGACAAAACGAUUCGCGUCUGGGAUGCCGCGGGUGAACAGGCCGUUCUCGCGCCAUUUGAAGGCCAUACAUCACUUGUUUGGUCUGUUGCAUUCUCCUCGGAUGGAAAACACAUUGUCUCCGGCUCUCGAGAUCGCACAAUCAGAGUGUGGAAUGUAGAAGGUGAGACCAGCAUUUCCUUACUCAGCAGUUAA